AUGAGAAUUGCAGGCAAUGUAAAUGGCUACAUGUGGGCAGGUUCCAAGUCGAAGUAUCUCCGCUUCAUUACUGGAUGCCACGAUCUUCCCUUUUACUACAAAGAAGAAGUUGAAUUACAGAAAUCAUUCCCCGAUGCGUUUCUCAAGGAUGACGAUAAAAUUGGCUGGUCUAUCCCCGGAAAAGUCAGCCCUGUCAGCGUGGUUCUUCGAAAAGGAGAUGUUGGUUACAAUAAUGCCGAAGCGGAAAAUAAAUAUAAACGAAGAGAAGAAACAGAGUGGCCAUUAGCAGGAGCCCAAUAUACCAAGUUCUAUCUCACACCAGAGAGAACACUUCCCAAAAUCCUGCCAGCAUCAAGCGCAGACGAAGUUUCAUAUGAUGCGCUGGGAACCCUCAAAGAUCCAAAACUCGACCAUUUCACAAGCGCACCAUUUGAGCAGAAAAAAGAAAUUACUGGACAUAUCACCGCACAUCUGAACGUAUCCCUCUCUCCUUCUCCGACAGCAACCGCCCCGGAGAAAGACAUCGAUAUAUUCCUGACCCUCCGCCAUAUUUCCCCCUCAGGUGAAGGAAAUUUUCUACACCGGCACGGCAGGAGAUCCGGUUCCACUAACUAA